CGCCGGUAGUGUGAGAAAACACGAGAUCAAGGCAACGGUGACAGCGUGUGGAAUGUCACUUUCUUGAAUAUGUGUUGCUAUUAAACGUUAAAAUGUCUGUUUUUCACGACGAAGUAGAGAUAGAAGAUUUUGAAUAUGACGAGGAAACGGAGACAUACUAUUUUCCCUGUCCAUGUGGGGACCGUUUCGCUAUAACUAAAGAAGACCUAGAAAAUGGUGAGGAAGUAGCUACCUGUCCCAGCUGUUCACUAAUAGUCAGAGUAAUCUAUGACAAGGAAGAGUUUAUGUCUGGGGAAAUUGUGGAAGCACCUGGAGCAAGAACAGUUGAACUUUUGAAGAGCUGAUGGGUGAUGUUCAACCUAUAGCUUUUGAACUUCUAGUGUGCACUAAGACUGUCACACAGGGGUGUUUUUGAUCCCCUGGAGACAGAAGUGGCAUCUCUAAACAAAUUAACAUGCAGACCGUACGGGAGCUAUUGAUGCAAAAGAGAACAGUAACUAAAUGUGCUGUCCUGGACACUUAAGGAAAGUGAUGGUUAUCCAACAGAACUAUCACUGCUGCGUUUUUAGAUGUAUUUUAUGUAAUUAUUUAUUUGGUAAAUAAACACCACAUCCUGUAGUUACUACAUUA